UCUCACCACCGCACAGCGUGAGCCGAUCGAUGUCUCUAGCGGUGAUUGCUCAGCAGGAAGUGUUGGCAGGCUCAGGGAUCGAUUGGUGCUGCCUUUUUGUGACACACGUGGGUAAAUAUGUCAGAGAUGGCGGAAGAGCCGGUUGGGUUGGAGACUGCGACUGGGACGGAUCCUCAGCUGGGAAUGAUGGCUCCGGCGAGAAGCCAGUCAGUAGCACUGACACCUGCGGCUCCCAGUAAUGCAGGCCGUGCACCCAUCCGUCGCGUGGCUAACCAGAUCCCUGAUGAAAUCUCCCACAAUCCUCUUCUGCUGGAAGCCAUGAAAGUGCUGCCCGAAAACUACAAUUUUGAAAUACCCAAGACAAUAUGGAGAAUUCAGCAAGCCUCAGCCAAAAGAGUUGCUUUGCAGAUGCCAGAAGGGCUUCUCAUGUUUGCCUGUACUAUUGCUGAUAUCAUAGAAAGGUUCACAUCAGCAGAGACAGUAGUGAUGGGCGAUGUGACGUAUGGAGCAUGCUGUGUGGAUGAUUACACUGCACAAGCGCUAGGAGCUGACUUUAUGGUACAUUAUGGACACAGCUGCCUCAUCCCGAUUGAUGCCACGCAUGGGGUGCGUAUGUUAUAUGUUUUUGUCGACAUAAAGAUUGACACGUCUCAUUUUGUGGACACCAUUCGCUUCAACUUUCAACCGGGAGCAUCACUAGCGCUUGUCAGCACGGUGCAGUUUGUGUCAGCACUUCAGGCAGCUCACCAAGCCUUACGUAUGGACUACAAAGUGACUGUUCCACAGUGCAAGCCGCUGUCACCUGGAGAAAUCUUAGGUUGCACCUCUCCAAAGCUGGACAAGUCUGUGGAUGCCGUAGUGUAUCUGGGAGAUGGACGCUUUCACCUGGAGUCUGUUAUGAUUUCCAACCCUGAUACAAAAGCUUACAGGUAUGAUCCAUACAGCAAGGUAUUCUCUCGGGAAUAUUAUGACCACAGUGCCAUGCUUAAACACAGAGGGGAGGCCAUCUCAGCUGCUGCCGGUGCAAAAACAUGGGGGCUUAUCCUGGGUACUCUGGGUCGUCAGGGAUCUCCCAAAAUCCUGGAGCACCUGGAGUCACGUCUGCAGGCACUCGGCUGUCGUUACGUGCGGCUGCUGCUGUCGGAAAUCUUCCCUAAUAAACUCAAGCUGUUCCCAGAGGUGGAAGUGUGGGUGCAGGUUGCCUGCCCAAGACUAUCCAUUGAUUGGGGGACAGCAUUCUCCAGGCCUUUGCUUACUCCAUAUGAGGCCUCAGUGGCUCUGAAAGAAGCAGAAUGGCAGCAUACUUAUCCAAUGGAUUUCUACGCCAAUGAGUCCCUUGGUCCGUGGACCGUGAACCAUGAAUCCCACCGCCCCACCCGUGCAACAGUCCAGCGCACACAGAAAUCAGAGCAGAGAAAGCUUCGGAGCACAGACAUAAGUGCAAAGGUUGAAGAAUGCCCCUGUCAGGAUAAAGGAGAGACCAAGACUGAGUGACCAUGAUUCAAGAUUUGUGCAAAGAUCUUACGGCUUGGGUGGCAACAGAACAGCGGAAUCACGUGCCACCUCUACCAAGCAGCUGUGAAGGCAGGAAAUAGACAGCCCAUCUCCUCAAUAGACUGGAGUAUCACUCCAUCGCUCCAUCACACCAAGAAACUUAUAUGCAAGCAGUGAAUCUCCGUUUAAUCGUUCUAGACUCUUAGAACAUUGCUUUAGUCAACCAUUGCAUUUAGCAUGCUGUACAUCUUGCGCCACAUUCGUGGGUGUAGAGAACACACCCAACUUAUCUCUGCUCUCAUCUUGGGGCUUCCUGAAUCAUGCCGUGCCAGCUAAUUAAAAGCUAGGUUUAAUGAGGGCUUGCUUGUUUGCUACGCUCUCCCUUCUUCCGUUGCCUGGGUGAUGAGGGAUUGAGCCCAAGAACGGUUGGCACUGAGUGCAUCAUCCCCUCCUGUGAGAACCAAUCACCUCCUGCAUGGAGACCCACAGCAAGUAGCUCUGUAAUAUCUCUCUGAUGGGAUCACAGGCUUUAAUGUUCCUUGGAAAAGGCCCAGCAAUCGCUGUGCCUACAGCUCGUAUCCAGCGGAAGAGCUGAACUUCAGGGGUGUUGCAGUGACUGAAGCAGAAACAAAGAAUAAACAACAAACAGCAGCUUCAUGUUAAUGCUCAGAAUGGGUCACCAACUAAAUCAUUUCCAUUCAAGUUACUACUUUCCUAUCGUACAAAAAAUGCAAAACUCAAUUUUAUUUUGCCGGCUGUAACUUCUCAACGGACUUGAGUACAUCAGACUCUGCUGACAGUUCUACUACAGAGAGAAGUAGCUUUGAAAUAUAUAUCCCAUCACUGUGGCAGAGAAGGAUUUCAGCACAGAAUCCCCCAGGCAAUUAAAUCAUUAUGACAGGGAAAGUUAUGGCGUUGGCCACUGUCUGUAAAACUUGUCUGCACAAUAAAGCUGCUGGGGUUUUCUUCCUAGCAGUUAGGGGAAAAGCUGCCUUCUAGGGUCUAAAUUGGAUUGCAGGCACAGAAAAAAUAAAAGGAAUUCUGGCUGGAUCCGAAUGGCUUAUGUCUGCUUUUUCCUAGCAGAUAUAUAUGUUAUAUACACCAGUGUAUCUAUGCAUUAAUACGUUAUUGUUUUGCUAGCAACCCUUUAUAGCCUCAGGUCUCUGUUUUCUCUCUGUCGUUAUUAGUUGCCAGUUCUAAGUGGGUUAAAAGCCAUAAGGGGGUAUGUUGUAUCAGAGAUACCAGAGAGCUCAUAACUUGCAAAGAGUACACCCCUAGCUCUCCCCUCUAUAUGUACAGUGAAACCUUAUUUAUACCCUGAUUUUAAGUUUUAUCACAUUUUACAUUAUUUUUUUGUGAUUCCACCAAUACUUAACACAUAAUACAUCAUUUCCCUGAUUUUACAUUUUCCUGCUACAGUAGGGGUUCUACUGUACUGGACUGACUCAAUAACAGUAAGUAUAGGAAAAUAUCAUCCAUGCUGCUUGGCUGCAGGUUCCUGAAAAAUCCAGUUAGUCCCAGCAUUGACUGGAAUGACGCUAAAGAGAUGUAUUUACAAGGGAAGAGGUCUAAACGAUUGUGAUGUGCAAGACUCCCAAACCAUUAAUGGAAGCAAAGUAUUUAAUGGGAGGCCUAGGUCAUUCUAGGACCUACUAUAUACAAUUUUAAACACAUAUCGGUGCCUUGUAGUCCUGGAUUGCAGGAAGUUUACUUGAACACUUCCCUGUGUCAUUAAGGGAUAUGUCAAUGUCUUCCUAUCAUGAAAGCAAAAACUCCAAGGUUUCACUGUCGGUACUAUUUUCAGCUGUUUAUACUGAGCUUUGAACCCCCUGCUGACUACCUGAUGCCCUUGGGCUCGGCCAACCUUACCUCUCUAAAAUAAAUUAGUCAUAUCACUACAUAUUUCCUCUGGAGUCCAGCAUUAGGGGCUUUCUGUUUGUUUACCUCCAAUUAUGUUUUACCAAUAAAGUAAUUAUUUUAGACUGCA